GUAACUCUUAACUACUUCCGUAUAUCGUUUACCAUUGUAUUUUUUUUCUGAAUUUUAAUAAGGUUAACAAAUUUUUACUUCCUAAUGAUGUCUUUUAUGGAUAUCGAUAUGUAAUGAAGGGAUACACAUUCCAUUUCAAGCCACGUAAGACUCUUUACUUAAAUUAUAAAUCAUUAAUUAGUAAAGUGGUGAUGAACUGUCAAACAUAUAUUACCUAGGCCUAGCUAACCCCGGAGUCCAGAAGAGUUAUAAAUAUUACCAAGCGGUUAAGUUCGACACUUAAACCUAAGACUUGGUUACCUAGCCGUAGCCUGAUUGAAGUCUCUCCCCUUUAUUAUCAUUAACUUACUAUUUAUUUAUUUGCGGGCUACUUACUUAUUACUAAUUAGUUUAGCCUUCUUCUAGUAUAUUACUAAAAACUAAUGAGGGCUAAAGUUUAACUUAAACUUAAAGCCAGCACAGUGCUUCUCAGUACUAUUACUACUGACAACUGAAAGUACUGAUUAUUAUAAUUGUUUGAUAAUAUCGGUGACAGUGGGUCAGUGGGCUUAACUUUGGGUUAUAUUCAAUAUUAAAUUAUUAUUAUAGAAAGUGUCUAUUGGUAGUUUACUACAAUAGUAGAACUAGUGACAACACCUCAGCUCGAUAAUAAAUCCUGAAUGAAUUUUAGCUUUAAAUUGCUAUUUACUAUUUUGAUAAGUGAAAGAUUUGGAAAAUGCCAUCAAAGCUUUAGAAGAGUUUUUUUUAAAAAAAAGCAGCUAUAGAAUUAUAAUUUAUCAUAUAGACCUCACCUAAUAUAGAUUUAGAUAUAUAUAUAUGAUACUGGGGGGGGGGGGGAAGGGGUUCAUCUGAAAAGGUAAUACCGUUUCUUUUUUUUGCCAAAGUAAUAUGUGCACCUAAAAAAUAAAAUUGAGCCGAGGCUGAGAAAUACUUUUAUUUUAAAAAUUUUGUGUGUGCUAAUUAUUAUGAAUACAAUUAUUAAUCAAAAUAUAGGCCUAAAUAAUAAUAGUUUUACUGCAUACAAAAUGUGCAUAUUUUUAAAAAUCUUAUUACUUCGGUUAAAUGAAAUGGUAUAAUAAUAAUAAUGUGAUUAGGCUUAAAUUUUAAAGAUUACAACAGACGCUUUGACCAAUCUCUGUUUAUGAACAUGGUCAUGUCAAUCCCCCAACCCCGUUAUUGAUAUUCUGGUGGGAGAUAGGAAGAAAAAUAUAAAAUGGAAAGAAUAAUAAGGUACUUAAUGAUAAAACUAUUAUGUGCCAUAGUUAAUGUAAAGUUUUUAAAUUUAAAAUAUUAACUGAAUUAAAAUUCUUUCCGCAUUGCCUAAUAUUCAUUCAGUUAAUAUGUAUGGGUUUAUUUAACAAAAGAAGAUUAAUAUAUUCAUAGGUAAUGUGUAAAAAUGUACUCUCCCCAGUGAAAAAGUCCAUGUUUCAUAGUCUGAUGAAGAUUUCAGUGUACUUAUUAUGGAUGUAGUAGUAGCUGUCCUCAAGCCAAAGUCAGGCCAUGUAUCCACAGGCUAUAAGCCACAGCUCUAUGAAAUUCUUCUGUUGGAUAGCAAAACACCACCGGGUGAAAAGGUAAUUAUGUUCUAAACAAACACAUUUAAUACAUACAAAUUAGGUUUCUCUAUGAAUAGUUGUUCAGAAAUAAAAGUUUUUGAAGAGCGGUGUUAAUUUUUAUACUAUAAUGUUAAAAAUAUAAACAUUGCAAAAAAAUAAUGCACAUGCUAAAACGUGCAUUUGUUUCUCCUUGCUAUAUUCAUUUAGUGAUUUUAAAAUGACCCAAGAAAUGUAUAUUUUUGGACAACUUUUUUAGUAUUUGGUUAUAAAAGUAUUAUACAUGAAUUUUAGGUAAAACAAGCAAAAUAUCUUCCCAUGAUGUCAAUGAAAACUGUGGAGGAGGAGCCACGAGAACUUGUACUAACACAAGUUCAUAGGUUGACUGGGAUUAAAGGUAAUGCAAAUCAUGGAAUUUAAAAAAAAAUAUUUUUUUUUAAAAUUCUGAUUGGCAAGUUAAGUGUUGGUUGUUUAUGGAGCUCAGACAUAUUUUUAAAUGUUGGUUGAUAUAGCUUAGCCUUCUUGUUGGUUUAUACAGCUUGUACAUAUUGUUAAGUGUUGGUUGUUCAUACAGCUCAGCCAUAUUGUUAAGUGUUUGUUGUUUAUGUAGCUCAGCCAUAUUGUUAGCCAUAUUGUUAGCCAUAUUGUUAAGAAUUUGUUGUACAGCUCAGCCAUAUUGUGAAGUGUUGGUUGUUUAUAUAGCUAAGCCAUAUUGUUUGCCAUAUUGUUAAGUGUUAGUUGGCUAUACAGCUCAGCCAUAUUGUUAAGUGUUUGUUGUUUAUACAGCUUGGACAUAUUGUUAAGUGUCGAUUUAUACAACUCUGCCAUAUUGUUAAGUGUUGGUUGUUUAUACAGCUCAGCCAUAUUGUUAAGUGUUAGUUGUUUAUACAGCUCAGCCAUAUUGUUAAGUGGUUGUUGUACAGCUCAGCCAUAUUGUUGGUUGUUAUAACAGCUUAGCCAUAUUGUUAACCAUACUGUUGUUAAGUGUUAGUUGGUUAUACAUCUCAGCCAUAUUUUUAAGUGUUGGUUUAUAUAGCUCAGCCAUCUUGUUAAGUGUUGGUUUAUACAACUUGGACAUAUUGUUAAGUGUUGGUUGUUUACACAGCACAUAAAUAUUGUUAAGUGUUUACAGGUUUGACUUCAAACCCAAACAUUAGAUGUUCCAGCUUUAAACUUUUGUUUUCUUAAUGUUCAGGGGAAAGAGCUUUACUAGUACAGUGGAGCAAAGAUGUGCCAGGCAAUCCCAGAGAAUCCCUUUCUCAGUUCUCUCUUUAUUUUGUGCCUGUUGGAAUCAAUGGUGAGUGAACUCUGGAUUUUUAAGUUAAGUAACUGGACUCACAUGCGCAGUGGAGGAUCCAGAAAAAAAUUGCCAAAGCCCUCAGAAGUGAAUUAAAGAAAGGUUUAGACUUUAGAUGAACCAAGUAAAUCUUUUCCAUUUAAUCAUAUGUACACCUAUAAGCAGAACUGGCUGUUAUACAAUGGUUGAAGUGGGCACCCACCUGUAGCAACAAAUUUUUGGUUAAUAUCUUUAUUAAAAACCCCAAUGAUCUUGUCUUUUUUUAUUAUAAAAGAUUUAGUGCCGGUACUAUGUUUUGGAAAUGAAGCCUUGGGGUUGUGAGAAAUUCUUUACAUCCAUUUAAAUGUAUAUCAUGUUCUGUUGUAUUGUGAGGAAGUAAGUCAUCAAAAACUUUAGCGAUAUGACCUUAAUUUCAAAUGAACAUUUUUUUCCCCCAAAAAGUAAUUAAAAAGUAAAUUAAAGAAUAUUUUGCUUUAAAAAAAAAAGUCCUCUUAUAACUUUGCUUCAGACAAAGUCAGCAAAAAGUAUGCAGAGCAGGCCCAAAACAGUCCAAGUUUUCAUGCCCUGGAAUAUGUUAUUGAUGCACUUGACAACAACACUGUACAUUUCCCAUCUCCUACCAGAACAUUUUUAUCUCAUCUAGAAAGGUUUGUUUUUAGAAUAUUCUUUUGAUCACUGGCAGUCUUUAUUGUUUGGCACCUUGUUAGGCUCCAGAGAAUGAAUGGCUUGUUACUGUAACUAAAAAAAUUUUUAUCACCAAAAAAGCAAUAGGAUAGUGCUAAUUUAUAUAUAUAUAAAAAUAAAUAAAUAGCCUUUUUUUAAACGUAUUUGUAAAAAAAUAUUUUUUAAUAAUGAAUGUUGUUUUCAACCUCAAAGUAUUUUUUUUAUAAUAAUACAAGUACACUUGGACUUUUAACUUUCAAUAAAGUCCCCCCAAGUCUCUUAUAAAAUUAUUGAAAGUAAAAAUUAUGUGUGUUUGUAAAAAUAUUUUUAAAAACUUUAGACACAUUUUAGCUUAUUUUAGGCACAUGAUAUGCAGUGGGUUGGUACAUCAAAAGAAAGGGGGAAGAAAACAACUAAAGUUGUAAUUAGUGUAAGUGUGUGUAGUGGCAGUAUGGCAUAUGUAAUUUAAAGGUAGUCAUGUGUGGUCAAUGCUUUAAAAGUUCAUACUGUCUCAAGCACUGCUGUCUAAAUUAUGGUUUAUGUUUUCAAACAUAAAAUCCUUUGAAUUUAAGGGAAGAAUUCGUGAAGGCUUAUCAAUAAAAUCUGGUUAUGUUUUACGCAUUGAAUUUUAAAUUAUUACCUUUUAGUUUGGACCACAGAUAUUGUAUAAAAAAGUUAGUCUACAAUCUAUGUCAUCUUGCAUGUGAUAUUUGAACUUUUCUCAUUUAAUGUGCACUUCUUCAGUUGGUUGAAAGAAAAGCACCAAAGACCCAAAGCCAUUGAAUGCUUGUUCCAGCUGAGAGCAGAAUUCCGAAUCCUCUUUACAGUCCACAAUCCUGUGUUCAUUCCAAGUCGCAUAACUCCUGAAAUUGAAGGCAGUGGUAGUGGUAAAACAGCCCAUGUCCCGCAGGAAAUUGUGAAAACUGCCAACGAGGCCUUAGCCAAAAUGUUGUCCAUUGAGAAAUGUGAUACUGUUGUUAUGAAUCCCCUUUUUGGAUCUUACCUGCCUUAUAAAACAAGGGUGAGCUGCUCUUGCUAGCUGGUUGUAUGUGUAUGUAGAAAGGUUGGGGGGGGGGGAUAGCAAUUUAUACAAUUUUUAAAAAUUGUGGAUUCAUAUCAAAUAUUCCAAAGUGUUUUUAACACUGUGAUGAUAAUUUCAAUAAAUUUUAAACAACACAAAAUUGGACACCAAAAGGACUAUGUUUAACUUGUGAGUGGGGAGUCAUUAUCACUUAAACUUAUUGAUCAUAAUCUCCAUAUAGUUGUAGCCUGGCACACAACAGGAAUGAAGAGAACUCCUUCGAUGUAGAUGUAAGCUUAGCCAAAGUUGUCUGUCCUAAUUUUAUGAUCAUUUUAAAGGGUUUGUCAAACAAUCUCUCUGAUAUUGAUAAUUAUUCAGUAUACAUCUUAUCUUAACACUCCAGAUAACUCUCUAUUCAUGACCAAGAGAUUUUAGUUCAUAUUUAAAGAUGUAUUUUUGUAUCUAUUUCAUGUGUCUGUAGCCUAACACCUAUGUGAUCAACCCCCACUGGCCAAAUAUUCCCAAUAUUCCACAACCCAGAGGAACAGGGUAUGUUUGCCAUUGUAUCUGUUCUGUAUGACUUAUUUAUGCUUCUGUAUCUGUUCUGUAUGGCUUAUUUAUGCUGCUUUAUCUGUUCUGUAUGGCUUAUGUAUGCUGUUGUAUCUGUUCUGUAUGGCUUAUGUAUGUUGUUGUAAUUUAUGACUUAUGUAAGCUCUUGUAUCUGUUCUGUAUGACUUAUGUAUGCUGUUGUAUCUACUAUAUAUGACUUAUGUUUGCUGUUGUAUCAGACAUAUGUUUGCUCAUAUUGUUGAACUGAAUAUCUUAAAAAGUGAUUUGAUAUCAUUAUCUGUUUACUUGUCUGGCUAAUUCACUUCAUAUGAUAAGUUGGGCCAGUUUACAUUUUGUGCCUGUUUCCAUGUUCAGUUACAGUGGCAACAGAUGGCAGAACAUGUACCCACUACAUCAUUAUGCUGCACAAGGGGAGAAAACUGAAGUAGAUAUCCUGCUAAAGCAAGGCUACAACCAUUCUCUGCUAGACAAUGUUGGGUAUGCUCCCAUACACUAUGCUGCCAGGUCAGUUUCACACCAAUAUCAGUAGGUCCUUUGCAGUGGCGUAGCUAGUGGGGUGUGAGAUUCAUAAAAGGAAAACCGAUCACACAUACUUUUUUUUCACAAAUGUAACCAAACCAAAUGCGUGCUUUAUUAAAAAAAAAAAUCAAGAUUGAUACAUCAGAAAUUAGUUGACCCUAUGAUUUAGGUCAGAAAAACAGUCAUUAUUCUACGCCGAUGGAAGUGUUCGGUAUCUAUAGUAAGUGACAGAAAGCUAUAUUUAUUUUAAUUCUGAGAAAUAUGGCUUUCCAUUGAUACCAAAUACGAUGUGGGCGGGCGAUUCAAAGUACAAGAAUCGAAUCGGUAAAAUUUAUAUUAUAAUAAAUUUUUACCCAUUUAUGGAGUUUAAAAAUAUAUUAUUUUACAUACUUUUGAAUCUCUUAAUUAUUAAUUUUUAAUUAUUUAAUUUUUUUUUAAAGUUUAAAGACUUUUAUAACAUUAUUCAUCAAAACCCAAAAAUACUGAAAAAAUUAAUAUUUUCCCGGAUUCGUCACUAGUACAAAACUUAACAUUUGAGUACGAUUGUCAUAUUUUGACUGCUGGGUUUUACCUGUCACCUUUCUGUGUUGUAUUUUGCAUAGUGCUCUGACUGUUGUUUUUGACCUGUAGUAAGUAAUUAUUUUGUUUGUUGUCUUGAAAAUGACAAAAUUAAUGAAAUUUUAUUGUUCAAGAUUAUUAAAUCAUGCCAUACGGUGUGCCCACAUCUAAAUGGCCAAGUGGCUGCUAGGAGCAAAAAGCAAAAAAGAAAAUUUGUGACUCACUAAAAUCACUACCAGGAUCCAGGCUUCGAUAUGUCAAGAAACCAAAUGAUGACCAGGGUCAGGGUUCAUAAAAAAAGAUUUUCCUCGGUGUACCAUUGAUACUGAUUCCCUCGAUACCAGCAGCAUGCAUUCUAUACAGCAAAUAGUGGAGAAAAUGGAAAAGAUUGACGUGAACAUGCAUGUAAAAGACUUGGAUAGUUUGGAAACAGAAAUACCUGUUGAUAAUUUUGAUUCAAACUAAGAUACUGUAAAUGUAAUUUUUAAUGGAAAACCUGGCACAUUUUAUCAGAUGCUCCUCUCUGAAAUGUACCAGUUCCAGAUCAUUUUCGGUCUGAAAUUAUUAAAAUAGUGAGUACCUCGUUUCAGAGCAAGGACGGACCGUUCAGCGUAGUGACAAGGCAAGAUGCGAAAUCUAAAGAAGGUGUGCGCCAACUAACAAAAUAAUGAUUCUACAGGAUGAAGCCAAAUGGCGAUAAAAUACUGCGGUUGUGGAUGGUUUGUUCACUCAUCUGUCAGACAUUGUACUGUUUUUGCUGCAGAUUAUUUGCUAUUAAUGUUACAGAAACAACAUCCAAAUUUGUUUCUGGCUUUGAUAAGGGGUGGAAACUGAGCUCAAAAUGACAAAAUCAUGAAGCAUCAGAAGAACACCUAUGUUGCCAUGAAAAGUGGAAGGCAUUGGCAGCUGGACUUAAGAUACACAAAAUAAAUGAUGCAGAAAGUAUUGCUGUGAUGGAAAGGGAGAAGAAAAAGUGGAGGAAUAUCCUGCAUAGGUUGCUGGAUAUCACAUUGUAUCUUGCAAAGCAAAAUUUUGUAUUUCGUGGCUACAACGAAGAUGAAUCUUCACUUAAAAAGUAAACUUUCUUGAAAUGGUUGAGAUGCUAUCUAAAUACGGCCCAGUACUAAAAGAUCACUUAAAGGAGUACAUAUACAGUAAAAGCAUCCGCAUAUUACCUUUCACCAGAAACCCAAAAUGAAUUUAUAAAUGUCCUUGCAAAUCAUGUGAAGGAGAUUCUUAUCAUGAAUAAUAAAGGCUGCUAGGUAUUUUGGAAUUAUGUUCGACAGCACACCUGAUAUAUCACAAAGUGACCAGAUGUCUCAAGUGAUCAGAUAUGUGAAAAUUCACAAUGGGAAAAUUGAAGUGAGAGAAUUGUUUCUUGGAUUUUUCCCGUUAAAAGACAAAAAAUCUGAUGACCUCAGUUCUGACAUUCUUACAAAUCUAAGACGUGAUGUUUUAGACAUAAUGAUGUGCAGAGCUCAAGGCUAUGAUAAUACUGCCACAAUGUCUAGAAUCCAUGGAGAUAUUCUGGCUAUUCGGAAGAGAAAUAAUAAAAAAGCGAUUUUUAAUGGAUGCGUGUUCCAUUCGCUUAACUUGUGGUCAACAUUCUUUUGCCCAAAAAUUCUCCGUGUAUUACAUUUUUCGUUACUCUUAAAAGAAUAUUUUACUUCUUUGCUGCAUCUACUUAUCAAUGGAAUGUUUUAAUUGAACACAUUGGAAAGUUGGUUGGAGUACUCAUCAUGCUGCUGUUAAAACAGUGAAAGAUGAGUUUGAUGAAUGUGUUGCGGCGAUUGAAGCUCUAUGUGAUUCUCUUGAAAAUUUGGAUACAAGAGGUACAGCACAAGCAUGCUGUUUUACAUGCUGUCUGUGAUUUCACGUUUAUCUGCUACCUUUACCUUUGGGCUGAUUUACUUGAGGAAGUUAAUCUUACACAGCAGUAUCUGCAGACUAAAGGCUUUACUCUUGAUUAAGUGGUGACCCAUUUAGAGGUCUUAAGAUUGUUUCUGCACGAAAAGUGCUGUGAUUUGGUAGAACCUGCUAAUGAAAAAAGCUCUUUAAAAUUCAGACCAAUUUGGAAUUUGGGUAGAGAGAAGAUUAAGGUUCAAGAGUAGCAGGAGAACAAUUAAUAGAUGCUGGACCCUCUCAGUGAGAAGAAAACAGUAGAUGCUGGACCCUCUCAGUGAGAAGAAAACAGUAGAUGCUGGACCCUCUCAGUGAGAAGAAAACAGUAGAUGCUGGACCCUCUCAGUGAGAAGAAAACAGUAGAUGCUGGACCCUCUCAGUGAGAAGAAAACAGUAGAUGCUGGACCCUCUCAGUGAGAAGAAAACAGUAGAUGCUGGACCCUCUCAGUGAGAAGAAAACAGUAGAUGCUGGACCCUCUCAGUGAGAAGAAAACAGUAGAUGCUGGACCCUCUCAGUGAGAAGAAAACAGUAGAUGCUGGACCCUCUCAGUGAGAAGAAAACAGUAGAUGCUGGACCCUCUCAGUGAGAAGAAAACAGUAGAUGCUGGAGUGUAUUGAUCGCUUUCAUUAUGAAUACCAGAUCAGAUACUCAGCAAUCAAGGAAGUUGCAGAUAUGUUUGGGGCUGUUCAGUCCAAGAGUCUGCUAUCAGCAAGUGAAGGAGAGUUAUUGGUUUCUGCUCCAAAAUUAACCUCUUUCUGGGAUGAAGUUUUUAAAGAAAUAUCAAGGCUUAGAAGACACCUAAUGGCAGCUGAUAAUGCAUUCCAGGAAAGAAACAUUUUAAAGUACAUUUAUGUAAAAAUAACCAUAACUUAACUUUGUUACAGUUCUUAAAUACAUUAAUUUACCUUUAAUUAAAUUGUUUUUGUUCUUGUCAUUGUUAUACUGUGGACUUAUUUUAACAAGAAGAAAUCUAUCAAGGAAGUCGGGGUUUGGGGGUGACACCAUGAGUUUACCCCACCGGGUGACACCAACUCUAGCUACGCCACUGGUCCUUUGGCUCACUUAUAUAUACAUAUAUAUAAUUACAUAUGUGUGUGAAGGGCUUCGAGCUUUUGGGGAUGAAGUUUGUUUUUCAAUAAACUUUAUUAUUAUUUAUUAUUAGAGCAGGAUAUAAGCUUGAACACCAAUAUUUUGGACAUCAAUGUUUUGGACACUAAUAUUACAAUAGUUCAUCUACUCCUAUGGUUGGAAAAUUGCGGGUCACGAGAGGCACACGGUUCUUUAGCGAUCUGAGUAACUCUGGCAGUUGGUCUCAAAUUGGUUUUGACUCAGAAAAACAUGGUUAUUGACGCGUUCUUGAAAAGAAAUUUGGCUCUCAAACAAUUUUUAAUUGUCCUGCUGCUGAUUUUGGCUCUAUUGACUUGUGAGUUUGCCGACCACUGGUCUACUCCUGCAAUACAGUCCUCCUCUUUGAGAAAUAACCUGGGAGUGGCAUGGGUGUUCAGUGAAGUGAAGUAUCCCAUAAAAUAGUUCUUGUUCCCAAAUUCCAAAGAAACAUUUGUAAAAUUGGGUUCCUUUUUCUACUGUUAACAAUGUGCAGAGAUCUCAAUAUUUCAUGAUGCUUUUCACCUCAAUAUUUCAUGAUGAUUUUCACCUCAAUAUUUCAUGAUGAUUUUCACCUCAAUAUUUCAUGAUGAUUUUUAUCUGAGGUUUUGAUUAACUUUCCGAUAAGCUGCUGCCAAUUAAAUAUUUAUUGCUUGCUGAAAUUUCUUCUACUAAAUUUGGUACUGACCACUGUUGAGUACUUUCUGCUCAGAAUGGCAAACAGUUUAUUUAUUCCUUUGCUAGACAUUAUUAUAAUUACAGUGGUACUCCAGCCUAGGGCUGGGCUGGGCUCACCGUGCUGCACAUAAAAAUAUUGGCAAUAAUAAACAUGACAUUAAAACUGCUACAUACAUUUAUUUUAUUUAAAUAAUAGCUUUAUUCUUAUGUCUCUUUGAAAUUCUAAGCCACUGAUUUUGAAUGAAAGAUGGGGGAUUAUUUUGAAAUAAGUUCUAACAUGCCUUAAAAAAAUUUUGGAAAAACUCUCAAAGGAAUUGUAUAUCCUGACAGAUUUGGCUACAUCAGUGUUGUGGAGGCUCUCCUCAUUGCUGGCUGCUCACCCAACUUGGCUGAUGAAAUGAAGAACACGCCACUCCACAUGGCUGCCAGGAAGGGUAAUGUCCAGCUGGCCAAGUGCCUGCUGCAGUGCCCAGAUUUAGACUUGGUAGGCAUUAUACUUGAUUUGGAAUGAAGACGAUUCAGUAAACUAAAUAAGAAUGGAGUCCACUCAAUGCAUAUAAAUGUAAUUAUAUCAACCUUUAACAGAAGGCAAAACUUCAAGCCUUUACAGUAAAGCAAAAAGUUGUAAAUAGUUCCACUUAUUUAUAUGCUUAACAUAAAUUUAAAAAAUAGCUUAAAACAGAUUACUAAUUUUACUGUAAGUUAACAUUUUGUUAUAGUUUAUUUUAUUUAAAGGAAUUUCAUACUCAGCAGCUUUAGAUUUUUGGAUGACUUAUAGAAUCUUUAUGACUCUGACAAAGUUGAAUACCUCAAUGGAUAAGCAAUGUAAAUGAUAAUGUUGAAGAUCUCAAGAAAUAAAAAAAAAAGCUAAAGAUAUUUAUACAGAUUUGUGUCUAACAAUGCUAUGAUUCCAGAACAUCCGUGAUAAAGAUGGCAAGAGGGCCGUAGAUAUUUGCUCAUUGGUACAAGAUAAAACAGCCAAACAUGAACAAGUGGAGAUGCUCAUUAAGGAGGCCUCAAAGAGACCGGUAAGUUGGUAUUAUGGCCACAAUUUAAUGCAUUAAAUAUCUGGCUCUCACCAGAGCUGACCAUCUCCAAGUCAUUAAAUAUCUGGCUCUCACCGGAGCUGACCAUCUCCAAGUCAUUAAAUAUCUGGCACUCACCAGAGUCCACCCUCCCCAAGACAUGAAAUAUCUGGCUCUCACCAGAGUUGACCAUCUCCAAGUCAUUAAAUACCUUGCUCUCACCAGAGUUGACUAUCUCCAAGUCAUUAAAUAUCUGGCUCUCACCAGAGUCGACCAUCCUCAAGUCAUUAAAUAUCUGGCUCUCACCAGAGUUGACCAUCUCCAAGUCAUUAAAUACCUGGCUCUCACCAGAGUUGACUAUCUCCAAGUCAUUAAAUAUCUGGCUCUCACCAGAGUCGACCAUCCCCAAGUCAUUAAAUAUCUGGCUCUCACCAGAGUUGACCAUCCCCAAGACAUGAAAUAUCUGGCUCUCACCAGAGUCGACCAUCUCCAAGACUUUUUGUGUGUGCAACAUUCAAAAAAGUUUUAUGUUGUAAUCACUUAAAUCUGUAAUUUAACAUCAUCACCACUACCAUCCUCCCUCCUUUGUGUGUUUGACUUGAAUUAAAUUGACGUUUUCUUUCUUCAUAUGUUCGAUUGUAUUCAAAAAUUAAAAUAUCUAGACCUUUUCAUCCCCUUAUACAUAUUCAUCUACAGCUAUGCAAACAUUCUAACUCGUUUUAAUUGUGUUUCAUUUAUGUACUUAAAAAUCUUAUUGGAAUCCAACCCUCUUAUAAUUAGUUAAUUGUUUAUACUAGAGAAUAGAGGACUUAUUUUAAUUCAGUAUGUUAAGAUAAUAAGUUCACUUAAAAAGAAAGAAAAAAAUGUGGAUAUUUUUCUUAUUUUAACAAAUUAAGGCUCAAUUGUUGAAUUUAAUAGUGUUAUUUUACAAAUUAAGCUAAUGAUUUGAAUUUGAUUGUUCUUCAAUGACAGAGCUACACAGUGGAAGUGUUCCUCAUGGACAAAAGCAGUAAAAAUCUCAAACUGAUUUCUGGCUUCAAGACAACAGUCCAGCAACUGAAUGAACAGCUCAUGAAGGUUGGCAAUCAUGACACGUUCCUGUCAGCUCUUUGCCAUUCUACUUUGGUUUUUAAAAAAUGCAAAUAACAACUGAAUUAUUAUAUUAGUUUUUUAGCACUAUUUUAAAAUCAUUAGACCAACACUGCCAUAAAUUAUCAUCCAGUAACAUGACUAAGCAAAAAAUAAUAGUUAUGAGAACAUAAUGAUUCAUAAAGAUAUACACAUUUUUUUUUUUUUUUUUUUGGUAAUUUUUUUUUUAGGAAUUCAACUUUCCAAAAAAUUACUGGGACAUUUUCACUUUGUGGAUAGGCUCCAAGAGUCUUGGUAAGUAGAUUAAUUUUAAAAACUGAGGAUGGAGAAGAUUUUUUUUUUUUUUUUUUCUGGUAAUUUAUUUUGUAGGAAUUCAACUUGCCACAAAAUUACUGGGACAUUUUCACUUUGUGGAUAGGCUCCAAGAGUCUUGGUAAGUAGAUUAAUUUUAAAAACUGAGGCUGGAGAAGUAAAUAGUGGAGUUUUCCCUACAAUAUGAGAACCACUCCAUUUCUUUUUGUAGGCAAGAAAGUUGACAAUGAGUUUAUCUCCAGUUUGUUCAUUGAGAUAGAAAAAGUUAUAAAUACUAUGUUUUGAAACCAGUGUCACUCUAGGAUUUACACACCCUAAUACACGCUAGUUAGCCCUGUUCAAUUUUUUUAGGAAAUGAGUGAAACAAAGUAUGGGGAAACCUGAAAAAAGGAGGCCACAAAAAACAAACAUGUCAGCAAGAAGCCUUCUUCAGCGAACAAACAGCAGUAAAAACAGAAUUAAAUAAAAUAAACACUUUCAUUAUUUUGUGAUGUCCUUUGUCAGGUUUUCCCAUACUUUAUUUUGCUCAUUUCCUUCUACCUAACCUAAUUGCAAUCUCUCCCCACUUAUUAUCAUGUUUUUAGAAAGUAAGCGAAUUAGUAUCAAUUUCUAAUAGAUUUUUUCCAUGCUUUUAUUGUUACUACUUUAAAAAGAAAAUAAUAUACUGUAUGGGGUUUUGAGAGUGUUUGAUGCAAUGGGACACAGACACAUAGACACAUGCGCACACACAUACAAUUUUGAUGGAAGAAGUCAGACAAAAAGUUUUUCCCUGUACUUUAAGCCUUAUCCACUAUCCCCAAUUUUACCAACUGAAUACCAUAUUUCAUAUUGAAAACCAGAAUGAACAUGACAAAUUGAGAAUGGUGCACUAAUUAACAGUACAUUUUUUACAGUAAAUUUUGAAGUAAAUUUUUAUCCAAUGUCAAGGUUAAGUUUUAUUUUCCGGUUUUAUUAACUUGCUUGAACAGGGUUUAGAUCCCAUCCCCACACCCCAUGCUAUGACUCCCGUGGCUAACCUUUUGGUUUAAAGGAUGCAGGAUGUUUUUUUGGGGAUAUUUUAUCGGUAAAAUAACGUGUAUUUUAAGGCGCAAGAUAUGUUGUGUCCCAGCAGGUAUUUGUGGAUAAUAGAAAAGUUAUGUCUCUGAUGACAUUACAUUGUUCAUAUAUGUUGUUGACAGAGCUGCAGCUCAAGUUGGAACAUGAGGUCGUCAAGGAGUUGCAGCAGUGGUACACACGGUGUGUCAACAUGUUGACAGACAGGAGGAACCCUUCAGAGGAGGAACCCAUUUUAACAUGGAGGAGGAAUGUCAAAGUCAGCGUGGAAAAGGAAAAACAGGUGCAGCCAUUAAUUAACUUAGUGAAUUAUUUAUUGAAAGGAAAAAAAAACGUCUUCAUUUAAUUUAUGAAUUGUAAGCUGAAAUAAAAAAUGGGCAUUCAUUUGGUUUAUGAAUUAUUUAUUGAAAGGAAAGGCAGGUGCAGUUAACUAAGAAAAUUGUUAAUUUUCACUUACUUUACGGGAUAAUAAUUGGGAAGUUGUUAAUUGUGAAGAGAUUCUUUAAUUUCUCUUUUGUAGACAUAAUUCUUUUCAUUAGUUUUUUUUUUUUUUUUUUCAAUAUAAAAUUUUAUCAGUAGUUAUAUUUUUUAAAUUCACUGAUACCACACAGGAAAUGUUUUUUGAAAAAUUAGAGUAUGUUCUAGUAUUUCAAUUAAUAGGUGACACCCUCCAUAAACAAAUUCAUGAGAGGGGGAGCAGGUUCAUCAUUUGUUGACAGUGUGUGAUUAAAUUGUCCAUUCUGUGCUCAAAAUGCGUGAUGAUUUAUGUUUUUUGUGGGGUGGGGGAAUAGUUUAAAUUUCUUUAUGGGUGGCUCGAUCUAUUGCUAUAUAUAAUUAUGUCUCUGUAAAAAAAUUGUUAAAUAGACUAAAGUAAUAUAAGCAUCUGUUCCAGCUCCAACAUCCAAAGGCCCUUGACCUGCUUUUCUACGAGGCCUGUCACAAUUACCUGAGUGGACUUUACCCAUGCAAGGACAAGGACACGAUCAACUUUGCUGCCAUCAUAUUCGCUCUUCAGCAUCACGGAGCCACGAACAUCAAGUCUAUUUUAUCAAAGUAAGCAACAGUUAACUUAAAAUGGGAAAAGUUAUAUAAGAAUAGAGAAGCCAUUGAAAGUUGUGAUGUAAGAACAGAGAAGCAAGUCAUUGAAAGUUGUGAUACGUUGUGAUAUAAAUUUUUAUACAUUCUUUUUUAUUUCUUCACUUCAUGUAAUAAGUAACAAAAUGCAUGCUAUUUAUAGCUAGUUUAAAAAAAAAAUUUAAAACAUUUUCAGUAAUCAAGCAACACCUUUCUCUUUAACCCUAUAACUGUCAAGAGCAAAUUUCUAUAGCGUCAAGCAAUUUUUGGAAAUUUCAUAUGCUUGUCAAAAAUGACAAAAAUCCUAGACUAAAUGAAUUCAGAGACCCUUACAAGUAUACAUUUUCUGAAAGUACAUUGGACAGCGUAUUUUAUGGUAUGAAAAUAAUUUUUUUUAUAUUAUGUAUGUUGAUAUUUACCUGGACCUUUACAGAGUGAGUAAAAUUUUACUACUCAACUUCUGAAUUAACCCACCCUAAAUACUCCAUAAAUUGUUCAAACUGUCAUAAAAUCAAGUUUUUGAUGUACCAGAAGCAAUAUUCUUUCAGAAAAUGACAAGUUAUUGUUACUUAUAUGGAAAAUUGUGAUAUUGGUGAAUUUUUUUCAUUCACUAUCUUCAAAUUUCUGUCAUACAAAAUAUAAAGGGAAAGGCACAACAUGAGCUCAAAAAUUCCUUUUCAUUUGAAAUUAUUCAAUCCAUUUUUUACUAAUUAAUACUCCAGAACAUAUACAAACACAAAUAUCUUAGGGGUAGAUCUCUGGGAUCAAAUUUGUGUCUUUAUCUGUUCGAUUUCCGACCUUUCCCAAACGAAUUAGUCUUUAGCAAUACGACUAAGCUUAGUGAAAAAAAUGUCAAUAUCUGACCCUUAUCUCAACAUCAGCGCUAGAGCUGUGCUGUCAUUAAUAGGACACAUAAUAUCUCUGAUAUCUUUGCUUUCAUUAUAAUCUAUUUUAAAUAAUUCCAAUAAUGAAAUUCUGUGUUAAUUUUGAAAUCCCAAAGGGGAUCAGAAAAUAUGGCGGUGAAAAAAUGUGAGAAAUAUCACACCCGAUUAAUCACAAAAACGACCAUGACAAAAGCUUGUAAAAAACACACUGAUAGUAAAGGAAAUAGGAAGGAAACUCAUUUAUAUAGAGUGGUGUUCCCUUAAACAAUAUACAUUAAAUCAAUUUGCACUUUUGAAGAUUUCUUUAAUGGACAAUUGUAUUGGCCGUGACACCACAGAAAGGGGUAUAAUGGCCGACAGUUAUAGGGUUAAAGAAAGCAAAUCAAUACAGAGGUUUAACCCAAAAAAAGUAAAUAAUUUUUACUUGGUGCUCGUUUGACACUUCUUCAUCAGAUUGUAGGUUUUUUUAAAAUAUACAUGGAGAUAUGUUGUUUGCUGCUCAAUACUAUUUUGUUACACUACAUCAUGCAUCAUUCAAUCUGAUCUUUCUUUUUGGAUGUGUACAGCUCAACAGUAUAAAUUAAAGGACCCUUUGCCGCCAUCAUAUUCGCCCUUCAGCAUCACGAAUCAGCACUUCCAAAAUCGGCCUCUGCCUUACACAUUUUCAAUAGUGACCUUGGCAAACCUUCUUUCUAUUUGCUGCCUAAGAUUCACAAAGUGAGCAAGCCGGGACGACCCAUUGUCUCGGCCUGCGCCUGCCCUCUGAACACAUUUCAGAAUUUCUAGAUGAAGUCUUUCAACCCUAUGUUACCUCAUUACCCUCCUACAUUAAAGAUACCAACCACGCUUUAUUGACAUUUAAUUCUCUAAACAUCAACCCUGACACAAAACCCUCACUAUUUUUACUUGAUGUCUGCUCAUUGUACACAUCAAUCCCACAUGCUGACGGCCUUAGGGCCUUGAAAUUUUUCCUAGGAAAAAAAAACGCACUCCUCUAUCCCUACUGACACUAUUAUCAGAUCGGCCAAACUGGUACUUAACCUAAACUCCUUUGAAUUGAAUGGCCAUUUCUUUGACCAAAUCAGUGGUGUAGCCAUGGGCACCAAAAUGGGCCCUAGCUAUGCUUGCCUAUUCAUGGGUCAUUUUGAAUAUAUGAUAGAGAGGGCAUAUACUGGCGGUAUUCCUGAAUUUUAUAGGAGAUACACAGAUGACGGCAUAGGUAUCACCAGCAUGGAAAUUAAUGAUCUCCAGAAAUGUAUAGAUUUUUUAAACUCAUUUCACCCAUCCAUAAAAUUUACUUCUCAAAUCUCUGGACAUUCUGUCAACUUCCUUGAUAUCACCAUAACAUUGAAAGAAAACGAAUUGAUCACAUCUGCCUACUACAAACCAACUGACAGCCACAGUUACCUAUUGUACUCAUCCUCCCACCCCAAAUCAUGCAAAGACUCACCUUUCUCACAACAUCUUAGAUUACGGCGUCUAUGCCAAAUUGAUGAGGAAUUUUUUAGAAAGAGCUGAUGAAAUGAUGGAUUUCUUCCGCUCCAGAUCCUAUCCUUGUCUCAGCACUAGGUCGCAUCAGCACUAUCACACGAAAAGAGGGUUUCAAAACUCGUCAAAACAACAAAGAAGGUCGUACCAAACUUAUACUAACCUACCACCCUCACAAUUUAACUGCCAAAAAAAUAUUCCUAAAAAAUCGUAGCAUACUUCUUGCUGACCAACAGGGUUUUCUCAUCCCCUCCACUGACUGUCUUUAGACAGGACAGAAAUCUAGUUGAUCUUCUGGUUCAUAGUCUUCGAUCUGAACCGUCUAACGUUGGUACUAAACCAUGCUUAAGAAGCUGCUGCAGGAAUUGUCCCUUUACAUUCCAAACUGAAAGCAUUAGCCUCCCUAAAGGUACCUUUACCAUUAAAGAGGGUUUCACCUGUGUCAGCCGUAAUGUAAUAUAUGCCAUUGUGUGCCGUAGAUGCCAAUCUAGUUACAUAGGUGAAACUGGGAGAAGAUUGGCUGAUAGGUUUACUGAACAUCUCCAGGAUAAUGAGCAAUGUAAACGUUCCCCAGUCUCUUUUCAUUUCAACAGAAAAGAACAUAAAGGUGCAUUGGAUGUAACCAUUACGGCACUGAUUUCAUUUAAAACACACCAGAGAGGGUUAAAAUGGAAAAUAAAUUUAUUCAGCUGUUUGGCAACAUAUCUCCAUAUGGUAUUAAUCAAAUAAUAUCGUACUGAUGUUUCUCUGUUUCCCUAUAUUUCAUCUAUUUUAUUAUGGCUGUGUGCUUAUGUAUCCUUGGAUAAUCUUGUCCAUUAUUAUUGUGGACUUCAUUUUUCACAGUGUCAAUAAAUUAUUCUCUCGCUUCCUGUGUUCCCACUUACGGCGACAAUAAUGGAUAUAUCUUGAUUUGUUUACUGUGCUCUGUUCUUUGUGAUAUUUUCAUUUCUACUGUUAGCUGAAGAAGGCUUUAUGCUGAAAUGUCCUUAUCUUUUUGUCCUGUUCUCUAAUUCAAGCUUCCACAUACCUCAUUUUGCUAUUUCAUUCAUUUACAGCUUAACAGUUUGAUUCAGUUUUGUUUCUUCCCAUCUGUUGUCUUCUCUAGUCUAAACCAAUCACAGCUGAAGGAGCUGAUUCCAGCCGCAGUCCUGAGAAACAAGGACACAAGUUCCUGGGUCAACAAGAUCUCCAAGGAAUACGCCACAAUCAAGGACAUUCCACAGCCGGUACUAACAUCUGAUGCUACUUAUGGCUCACUUUAAUAUAAUUUUUUUUUUUGGACUGUUUUGAGAACAGAGUUUAGACAUUUGUGUGUCAAGUAGAAAUAUCUGCUAUUUGUAUUUAUGAUUUAAAUCUAUUUUAUUUUCAUCAAUGGUUAUUUACAGGAAUGAUACUGGUGAAGUAACCAAAAAAUGUUGCUGGUCUUAAGUCAUUUUUUAAAUAAAAUGUAUAUAAUUACUUUCUCAAUUAGGCCCUUCAUUUAAAACUAUUACUGAAAAGUUGUGGUCAGUCAUAAAGUAACAAAAUAUUUUAAAAUCCUCUUUAGGUGCUAAAAAAUAUCAGAAAAAUUUACAAUAACUUUGCAAGAUUGUCAACAGAGAAAUUAUAACAGUAAAUUUCUUUUUGCUUCAGCAACUGAAAUCACAGUUUCUGACAGCUUGCCAGAGGCUGACAGUGUAUGGCUCAGCUUUCUUCACAGGGACAAUCCUGCCACCAAACCGGAGGGUAAGAGAGAGGGACUAGAUUAUGAAUUCAUUAAAAAAUUUACCUCCUUACCAAUACUCCCUCUGACUUUUCUGUGCUAGAAAAAGUCUGUGCGCAAUAUUUUAAUAAUUGCAAUCAAAUAGAGCAAAAUCUAUGGACUGUUUUAGCAUCCAAAGUAAAAAGGUCUCAGAUUUAAAGAAAUAAUUACUAUGUACAUUACCAAUUAAUUUUUAAAAUAAAUAUGCGCGUUAAAAGUGUGCACAGCCCCAAGGGGUCAUCUGCACAUAAUGCUGACACCUUAGACGGAGCACAAUGAUUAAAUGAUUUAAAAACCCCAUUAUUUUUUCUUUGCCGCUAUCACGUUCUCUUUCAGUGAUCAAAUAUUCCCCUGUAAAUGUUAUAUAAAAGUCUUAGCACACAAACCCAGUGACCAGAAUGUCACAGAAACAAACAAGGUGUCAAUAUUUAUUUUUUGUUGCUUAUUUCCCCAUGUUUUUUUUCCCACUGACCCAGUCUUCCAGCGCCAACACUCCAUGUUAUGUUGGUGUCAAUGACAUUGGCCUUCACAUCAUCAGCAUUCAAACAAAGGUGGGUGACUCUCUGCCAAUCAUGGUUUAACUCCAGUAAAAACUAACAAGUGGUAUCCUUAAUGGUAAUUAUACAACCACGGCAUAACAAAUAAUUUAUGGGAGACAGCGUGGCCCAUACUUGUUUCAAAUGAAUCUGAAUCAUUAAGUCCGUCAGAACAGCCGCAACAGUCUAAGAAUAGGAACCAGGAACUGUAAAAAAAGGAAUUUUUGGGUUAUCAACGUCUUACACAAACAUCUGAUGUGUUUUUGAGGGGGCAUGUGGCCAUCAAAGUCCAUCACAUUUCAUUAGCUCUGAUUUCAUUAACUAUAAUACCAGCAAUGGAUAUCAUCUGGGGCCCUAUACACUUUGUCCAUCACAAUAAACAGAGUACCGAACAAUUUCAACGACCAAAAAUAAUCAUAAUCUUUUUAUUAUCAUGCUUUAUUACAAUUGUUUAUGACAAUUAUUUGAUCUUUAAACUGUAGAGUAUUUACAACUCCUACUUCAACUCAAGCUUCUAAUUUAUAAAGGUUUUAUACAUUGAAAAGUCAAAGAUUUAAUUGAAUGAUGACAAAGUCAAAUGGAUUUAAUGGAAAAUAAGGCAAUGUUGGGAGUGUUUUAUCUUUAAUUAUGGCCCCACAAAAUUAUCAGUUGAGCAGAAACAAACCAACACGCGUCUUUGGGUCCUAAAAUUGUAAUUCCCCUUUAUUAAUUUAUUGUCAUUCCUUCAAUUUGUGUAACUUUUGUCACCAGCAAAUGGUCCAGUCCCUUGAGUACAGAGAGAUUUCCUGGAGACACAUACAGGAGAAUACCAUGUUAGAGGUAAGAGGAAUAGUGAACAUUGCCUUCUUUUUUUUUUUUUUUUUUUUAAAAAUAAAUUAAAAAAUGGUCCAGUCCCUUGAGUACAGAGAGAUUUCCUGGAGACACAUACAGGAGAAUACCAUGUUAGAGGUAAGAGGAAUAGUGAACAUUGCCUUCUUUUUUUUUUUUUUUUAUUUACAAAUAAACUAAAAGAGGGUACAAAUUGUGUUUAAAAUGUGGCGCCACUGAAUCAAAUAAUGUUGACCUAAGAAACAAUCAACUUUAGGAACUGUUUUUCUCAUUAUUAAUUUUUUUAUCCCCAUUUACACACACACACAGUGUGACCAUUGUCACAAAAUCUGUGAGCACAAAUUUUAACAAGUUUUACUUAUUUUAUGGAUCUACAAAUUUGGACAACAAGUUCUUUCUCUUUUCAUCUUUUAAGGUUUGGGGUGUCCUCAAUGACCCUAUUUCCCCAUUUCAAUACAUAUAUAUAUACUUUAAAUUCAAAAUACUAAUAAAUAUGUCCUCUAGCAAAGUUAAUAUUAGAGAUCCAUUACAAGGGCGAUAGCUUCAAAUAAAUGUAUCUAAAUUUCAUCAUUGUCAUCCAGUGGGGCAUGUUCCCUUCAUAUGGUGAAGAAUCUACACACUCUCCGCAGCCUAUAAAAAUGGAACAAGCACAUGUAAUGGCUGGUUAUAAUAAUAGCUAUUAUAAUGAAAAGAAUACUAAUAUAAUAGCUGGUAAAAUAAUAUUGAAAAUAAUACCAAUAUAAUGGCUGGUUAUAAUAAUAGUGAUGUAAUAAUGCCAAUGUCAUGGCUGGUUAGCCACUUAAGUGCACAGUGAUUAUGAUGCCAAUGUAAUGGCUGGUUAGCCACUUAAGUGCACAGUGAUUAUGAUGCCAAUGUAAUGGCUGGUUAGCCACUUAAGUGCACAGUGAUUAUGAUGCCAAUGUCAUGGCUGGUUAGCCACUUAAGUGCACAGUGAUUAUGAUGCCAAUGUAAUGGCUGGUUAGCAAGUGCACAGUGAUUAUGAUGCCAAUGUAAUGGCUGGUUAGCAAGUGCACAGUGAUUAUGAUGCCAAUGUAAUGGCUGGUUAGCCACUUAAGUGCACAGUGAUUAUGAUGCCAAUGUCAUGGAUUUAAACAUCUGUUUUGUCAUAUUUCCUUACAUUCAUUGGUUUCUCAGUGUUACGGAUUCGUGUUUAUGUUUUUUUUACAAACAAAGGUCCCUUCUUUUACUGUAGAUAAGUACGGCCAUAAGGGCUAUGUCCAGGGUAUAAUUAACUUCCUAGUGAAGUAUUCUACACUAAUCUCACUCCACACUCACUCUAACAUUCAAUGACACGCUUACUAGCUCUCACUUCUAUUAAUACUAUAACUAUACUAAUAAAACAAAGGUGGUUCAGCCCACAAAUAAAUAUUUAAUUAUAAAAAAGAAUUAUCUACAUACACAUUACAUAUACUAUACAUAUAUAAAGGAUAACGAGAUAUAGGCUUCUGCCCAAUAUUAUUAAGUAUUAUGUUCCAACUGGCGAUCUCGUCCACUGUAGGCGGUCCAGAUCCCAAUCAUACACACAGCACACGCUACAGUUUUUUGGAUUGUGGCCUCCCUCUCUGGUCACUGCAACGUAAUUGGUCUCAGGUCACUCACACUGCAAAGCAAUAGGUGUAGACUCUAAUACCAGUGGGUACACAUGCACACACGGCCCUCUCACGGGUCACUAGUCACUCACCGUCUCUGUUUACCAAAAAGGCCUAAUGAUUCACUGUACUGAGUGGUCUAUAUUCUAUGGUAUACUAUACCGACUGUACUAAGUUCUACUGUACUGAACUGUACUCAACUCAACUGUACUGACUCUAAAUUAGCUCACCAUACUGAGACUACAGUCAACUGUACUAAUGGUACUAGCUCAAGCUAACUCAAACUGUACUGACUCUAAGUUAGCUCACUAUACUGAGGCUACAAUCAACUGUACUAAUUGUACUAGCUCAAGCUAACUCAAACUGUACUGACUCUAAAUUAGCUCACUAUUCUGAGACUACAGUCAACUGUACUAAUUGUACUAGCUCAAGCUAACUCAAACUGUACUGACUCUAAGUUAGCUCACCAUACUGAGACUUAAAUCAACUGUACUAAUGGUACUAGCUCAAGCUAACUCAAACUGUACUGGUACUAACUCAGACUAACUGUUCUACUUCACUGUUACUAACUGAACUAUUACGUACUUAACUAUUACUUACUGAACUAUUACUUACUGGCUAGAAAUGAGAAUAUCAAAUGCAACGCAUAAGACAUAGGUAAACAAUUAAAAUCACAUCCCAUUAUUAAUAAUCAAUCAUACUCUAAAAAUAACUAUAGUCCUAACAUUUUCUGAAUAAACUACAACUACAAUUCUACCUAUCGGUACACAUGAAUAUGAAAAUUAGCAAUACUAACCUAGCACUAUCUGGAUAAACAAACUUUAACAACUAAUUAUGCCAGCCAGGCUCUACUGACAGACUUCAGGUGAAAUAGGGGGAUCAAUGAUUAGGGCCUUCAAUUUAUACUCUAAGUUUGGCGUUCUGUCCCAAUUUCAAGCAUCGCAUUCAAGCGUCACAUUCAGCGUCGCAUGUGACGCUCUGGCCAGACGCUGAUCAUGAUCAAUGUGACCAGGUUAAUUUCAUUUGUUCAUUGAGUCAUUGUUAUUAGUGUAAGGCCCAGUCUAAUUGUGUCAUAUCCCAUGGGAUAGCAAUAGAGAGAGUGUGAGCCAGCGGGUCUCACAAAGGUGAGGACCAGCGGGUGUCAACACUCAGCCAGAGGUCAGGGUUGGACGUUGUUCAGAAGAUGACAGCAAAAUUAACUUCAAAUAAUUAACCCAUCUAAUUUAUUUGAACUAGGUCAAAGUUUUGAAGCCCAAUGUCAGGGGACCUUCCACAAGGGGUGUCAUCGAAAUCAGAACUCGGCAGGCUGGACUCAUCGACCACUUGAUGCAGCAGCUUGACCGUAUGCACAGAGACUAUGUCAACAGAUAAAUUAUUUACUCUUUUAGCUCACUGGCCUAUGGAACAUGUAAUACAUAUCACAACUUUGCUUUAAACAGCUCUUUCUAGGUUUUUAUUCCAUUAAGAUUUAUUUCAGCAUAUUGUUCUUAGUGAGCGGAAAUAAACUGACAUACAACACAGUUGGUACAUAUGGGCUCACAGGGAAUCAUAUGUUUUUUUAUUUUUCUAGAUAUGAGGUAGCUUAGGAAGUUUUAUUAGAAAUGUUUCAAAUGGAAAUUUCUUUCUUGUGUCCCUGGAAGGACAAUUUAUGACUAUUUUAGCAUGCCUCAUUGUUAAAGAGUGUUUCUCUCACUCCAAACAUUUAAGAAGUGGUGAACAAACACGUACAGGCCAUCAAAAUGUCAUCUAUAUAAAUAUAUAUGGAUCAGGCUAAAUUUGGAAGAAGUAAUUCAAAGGAAAUUGUGCUGGAGCAAUUGUUGUUAUAGAAAGUUAGUAUGUAUUUGGUAUAUGCUGUCCUGGAAGGCAUAGACAGCUGAAGGAAUAAAUUCAGGGUCCCUUUCUGCACCACCAUCUGCUGCAAACCAAAGAAAAUGCACUGCUAAAAUUUCUGGCCAGAAUUAACUCCCUUUUAUAUUGGUUAACUUCUUUCCUGUUACGUCCCUUGGUAGGGUAACCUUGACAUUCUAUUGACUCAAGUUUAAAUACGAUUUUGACCGUUUGAGGGAUGUUUAUGAUGGUUUGAUAAUAACAUCGAACCAAAAAUCAGGUGCCUUAUAGAAAUGUUGACUGUAGUCUCAAGAAGCUGUAGACAGAGCUGUCACAGGGGGCCUCAAAUACUUAAGGGGGCUGAGAUGUUGUGUUGUGAAAAAAACUAAAACUAUCAACUUUGUAUGCAGGGAGCCAAAAAAAACCCAAAAGUGCCAGGGGGCCUCCAAAAGCAAUGUUAGGGCUCUGGCUGUAGAUCAGCCCAGUGUCACGGUACAACGACUUCAUUUCAGGGCACUGGUGAAACAGCUGCUGUCAACUUUCUCGGCCACAACUAUUUGCUCUUAUAACACCAGAUUAUGAAUACUGUGUUAUAUACAAUGGAAAUAUCCAUGCCACGCUGUAAUGUAUUUGGAUUUAUCCGUGUUGUGCUCUUUAUUUAUGGCAGUAUCGACCAAUUGAUGGUCAGCAUCACAACAACUGCCUUAAAAAUGACCUGUUUAGUGGACCUGGUCCAACUAUGAAUAGAGUGACCUACUUUUUAUGUAUGGACAACUCAUUAAAAAACAAGAGGUAAUCAAAAUUUCACCAAGUACAAGUGACCGUCAGUGUUUUAAAUCUCAUUGUUUACAAAAAUUAAUUUUACAAAUCUGUACUCCUGAAUACUGCUGUUGCUGCUAUUUUGCUAAUUUUUCAAGUGAUCUUUCACUUACUGCAUAUAUUAUAUGGAUGUUGAAACUGCAUAAAUUGUGAUAGUAUGGGUGAUAAAUUAGUACACUGCACACACACACAUAUAUGAAUGUCUGGUGUAUUCUGGGUGGGGAUAUGUACAUAUUACAAAAUGUUUUUUAAUUGCGUAACUGUUCAUUUAUUUUUAUGUCUUUGGCUUUAGAAUUUAAUGUCACAGGACAGGUGUAGGGGAGAUCAUUUUACAACUUCCAUUGUUUUAGAGUUUUUUUCCCUUUUUUUGUGGCUUUUGCUUAUCUCACCCUGUAUCAGAACAUUUGCUUAGUCGCCAUGUUGAAAUCAUUUUUUGAUUCAUGAGAAAGAUGGCGCCAUUAAUAGUAGAGUUGAUGUGAACGAAUUUAGAGAGGAAGUCAGAAAGUGAGAGACAGAGAGAAAGACAGAAAUUGAGAGAGAAAGACAGAAAUUGAGAGAGAAAGUGAGUGAGAGGGGAAGACAGAAAGAGGGAGAGAGAGAGGGGGUGGGGGGAAAUAAAGCAGUUGUCAGUGAUUGACUAUAUAAAAUGUGCAGAAUGUUUGAAAAAUGUGAUAACUCAAUUUGUCUGCCUGUUCUUUUAUGAUGAUUUAAUGUGAACAU